UUCUUUGCCAUGAGGCUUCCUAACGCCGGUACCCGCGUUUCUGCCGAGGUUUGGUGGAAUCUCUACAGAGCAAGUGGACUUUAAAGCCAAAGUGCGAGAGCAAUACGUGAGGGAUGGGCCCCGCACCUGCAAGAGCGGAGCAUCGCGGAACUGCUGGGGAGCCGGAGGUGAUGGAGUCAGCUCUGGAAGGCACAGGCAAAGAGGGGAAGAAGGAAUCCUUAAAGAAACGUAAGAUAGCUGGGUCUCCAGGGGAGGGCCUCCUGCAGCCUGUGAAGCUCAGCCGGGCAGAACUGUACAAGGAGCCUACCAAUGAGGAGCUCAGUCGCCUUCGGGAGACUGAGAGUCUGUUCCAUUCCAGCUUGCUUCGUUUACAGGUAGAGGAGUUACUAAAGGAAGUGAGGCUGUCAGAGAAGAAGAAAGAGCGGAUUGAUGCUUUCCUACGGGAGGUCAACCAGCGGAUCAUGAAGGUGCCCUCAACCCUUGAGACAGAGCUGACCAACCAGGAAUGGCUCCCAGAUGGGGUUCAAGUCCCUAUCCACCAAGUGCCCUAUACUGUGAAGGGCCGUUUCCAUUUCUUGCCCCCAGCCCAGGUCACUGUUGUGGGAAGUUACCUUCUGGGCACCUGCAUCCGGCCGGACAUCAAUGUGGAUGUGGCACUGACCAUACCCAGGGAGAUCCUACAGGACAAGGAUGGGCUGAACCAGCGCUAUUUCCGCAAGCGUGCCCUCUACCUGGCCCACUUGGCUCACCACCUGGCCAAGGACCCACUUUUCGGCAGUGUUCGCUUUUCCUACACCAAUGGCUGCCACCUGAAACCCUCGCUGCUGCUGCGGCCUCACGGGAAGGAUGAGCGUUUGGUCACCGUCCGUCUGCAUCCCUGCCCUCCACCCGACUUCUUCCGCCCGUGCCGCCUGCUGCCAUCCAAGAGCAACGUGCGCUCUGCCUGGUACCGAGGGCAAAGUCCUUCGGGGGAUGGUAGCCCAGAACCCCCCACCCCCCACUACAACACAUGGCUCCUGCAGGACACGGCCCUUGAAUCCCACGUGCAGCUGUUGUCAGCUGUGCUGGGCUCAGCCUCAGGACUGAAGGAUGGAGUGGCACUUCUGAAGGUCUGGCUGCGGCAGCGGGAACUGGACAAGGGCCUGGGAGGAUUCAGCGGGUUCCUUGUCUCCAUGGUGGUGGCCUUCCUCGUGUCCACACGCAAGAUCCACACCACCAUGAGCGGCUACCAGGUGCUGAGAAGCACCCUGCAGUUUCUGGCCAGUACAGAUCUGACCGUCAACGGGGUCAGUUUAUGCUUCAGCUCAGAUCCCUCCCUGCCGGCCCUGGCUGACUUCCACCAGGCCUUCCCUGUUGUCUUCCUGGACUCCUCGGGCCGUCUCAACCUCUGUGCUGAUGUCACUGCUUCCACUUACCACCAGGUGCAGCAUGAGGCUCGGUUGUCUAUGGCGCUCCUGGACAGCAAAGCUGACGAUGGGUUCCAGCUGCUCUUGAUGACUCCCAAACCCAUGAUCCGGGCUUUUGACCACAUCGUGCACCUCCGUCCACUGAGUCGCCUGCAGGCAGCAUGUCACCGGCUGAAGCUGUGGCCAGAGCUCCAGGAUCUCGGUGGGGACUAUGUCUCAGCGGCUUUGGGCCCACUCACCACCCUCCUGGAGCAGGGCCUGGGGUCCCGGCUGCAGCUGCUGGCCCACUCUCGGCCCCCAGUCUCAGAGUGGGACAUCAGCCAGGAGCCACCAAAGCAUAGAGAUCCGGGUGUCCUGACCCUGGGAUUGCUCCUCCGGCCUGAGGGGCUGACCAGUGUUCUUGAGCUGGGUCCUGAGGCUGACCAGCCUGAGGCUGCUGACUUCCGCCAGUUCUGGGGCUCUCGCUCCGAGCUUCGGCGUUUCCAGGAUGGAGCCAUUCGGGAAGCUGUGGUCUGGGAGGCUGCGUCUAUGGCCCAGAAGCGUCUCAUUCCCCACCAAGUGGUCACUCAUCUCUUGGCACUCCACGCUGACAUUCCAGAUACCUGUGUCCACUAUACGGGGGGCCUCCUGGACGCACUGAUCCAAGGCCUGAAAGAGACCUCCAGCACCGGUGAGGAGGCCCUGGCAGCUGCAGUGCGUUGCUACGACGACCUCAGCCGCCUGCUGUGGGGCCUGGAUGGUCUGCCGCUGACCGUGUCUGCCGUGCAGGGCGCUCACCCUGUGCUGCGCUAUACUGAGGUGUUCCCGCCAACCCCAGUCCGUCCAGCCCACUCCUUCCAUGAGCAGCUGCGAGAGCGGGCCUCGCUGUUGCCCCGGCCUGACAAGCCCUGCCCAGCCUACGUGGAGCCCAUGACUGUGGUGUGCCACCUGGAGGGCAGUGGGCAGUGGCCACAGGAUGCCGAGGCCAUUCGCAGGGUCCGUGCCGCCUUCCAGCUGCGCCUGGCGGAGCUGCUGACUCAGCAGCACGGGCUGCCAUGCCGCGCCACGGCCACGCACACCGACGUCCUCAAGGACGGGUUUGUGUUCCGGAUCCGUGUGGCCUACCAGCGGGAGCCGCAGAUCCUGAAAGAGACGCGCAGCCCCGAGGGGAUGGUCUCGCUGAGGGACACCCCCGCCUCCCUCCGCCUCGAGAGGGACACGAGGCAGUUGCCCCUGCUCACCAGUGCCUUGCAUGGGCUCCAGCAGCAGCACCCAGCCUUCUCAGCUGUGGCUCGGCUGGCCAAGCGGUGGGUGCGUGCCCAGCUCCUGGGUGGGGAGGUCACCGAUGAGAGCCUGGACCUGGUGGCUGCUGCCCUGUUCCUGCACCCUGAGCCCUUCACCCCUCCCAGCUCCCCCCAGGUCGGCUUCCUCCGGUUCCUUUUCCUGAUGUCAACCUUCGAUUGGAAGAACAACCCCCUAAUUGUCAACCUCAACAAUGAGCUCACUGCGGAAGAGCAGGUGGAGAUCCGCAGUGUCUUUCUGGCAACCCGGGCAAAGCUCCCCGUCAUGGUCAUUGUUACCCCCCAGGAUCGCAAAAGCUCCGUGUGGACACAGGAUGGACCCUCGCCCCAGAUCCUCCACCAGCUCGUGGUCCUGGCAGCCGAGUCCUUGCCUGUCCUAGAGAAGCAGCUUAUGGAUCCCCGGGGGCCCGGAGACAUCAGGACGGUGUUCCGGCCACCAUUGGACAUGUACGACGUGCUGAUCCACCUGGCCCCCCGCCACAUCCCCCGGCACCGCCAGGCUGUGGACUCGCCGGCUGCCUCUUUCUGCCGGGGCCUGCUCACUGAGCCAGGGCCCUCCUCUCUCAUGCCCGUGCUGGGCUAUGAUCCGCCUCAGCUCUACUUGGCACAGCUCAGGGAGGCCUUCGGACACCUGGCUCUUUUCUUCUAUGACCAGCAUGGUGGAGAGGUGAUCGGUGUCCUCUGGAAGCCCACCAGCUUCCAGCCCCAGCCCUUCAAGGCCUCCAACACGAAGGGACGCAUGGUGGUGUCUCAAGGCGGGGAGCCAGUGAUGGUGCCCAAUGUCGAAGCCAUCCUGGAGGACUUUGCCAUCCUGGGCGAAGGCCUGGUCCAGACUGUGGAGGCCCGAAGUGAGAGGUGGACCGUGUGACCUCCAGCCUAGGAGCAAGCUCGAUGGACAGACCUCUGGAGCAAGAUGUCAGUGGCUUGACCACCCUCACUGUGGAUAGACCCUCCAAGGAGGGCUUGCUGGCCCGAGCACGCUGCCUUGUCCCCAACAAAUCCCUGUCCUGAUUUCCUGUCUGAUGCCCCAGCACUGGGACAGGGGCCAUGGUGUCCCGUGCAGUCCCCUGGACCUGACCAGAAGAGAACUGGGAGUCAGCUCAGAGGGGACACCGAGUGAGCCCAGGAAAUCCAGCUACUUGUCAGCCUGGCCUGGGCCUUGUUUUCCUUCCCAGGUUGCUCCUAGAAGUCCAGAGAAGAGACUGUGUGCCCGGGGCUGAGGCUCUGUCCCCACCCCUCUGCCGGGAUGUGGGCCUUGACCUCAGUACGCUCUUGGCUGCAGCGUCAGGGCUUUUACACGGGGCCAGGAGAAGGCGGGCACUGCCCGAGGGUCACAGCGGCAGCACCGAGCAGCGCGGAGGGGGCUGCAGGGGGUGAAGGGGCACAGUGCGCUCGGGAUGGUCCUGCUGCUUCCCGGGGUGGGGACAUGGAAAAGCGCAGAAAACAGGGAGGGACCGGGUGGGCGAAGUGGUGAGAGGGACUGGUAGCCCCCCAUCCAGGAGAGAUGCAAAAAGCGCUCAGUGCUGCCCUGGCCUCCGGUGUCGGCGGCUCUGUGCUCCCACCUUGGGGGUGCAGAGGUGAGUGGGACCAAGACCUGCUCUCCAGGAGCUCCAGUGCCCCGAGGGAGGGGGCGCUGCUUCCCUUCAGCCUGGUCCACACCCCCCUCCCAGCAGCCUCUCCCUAAUCCUGGCUGUUUUUCCAGAUUCAGCUCAAACAGUGACUCCUCCUUAAACCCUUCCCUCGCCCUCAGCCUAAGGUGCUCUUCCUCUGAAACAUCAGAGCAAUUACUAUCCAUUCACUUCUCUUCACAGUCAUGUACAGCGGCAUAAACUCUUCUCUUGUCUUAAAUUCUGAUUUAAAAUGAAAUCUUUUUUUAAAAAAAAUUGUUUUAAGUUC